CGUGCACCCCCAGCCCCACCCUUCCCUCACCCGCCGUCCGCUCACCACCUCGCGAGCUUCUCCCCCUCCACCCCUCGCGUCUCCUCCAUGGGGGUCUUGCCAUGGAGCUGCCGCUGUGGGCUCAACCCUUCCCCCAGCAAGAGCAGGGGUGCGCCCGCGCGUCCUCCUCCUGCUACCCGUGGAAGGAGAUCCAAAUACACGGGACAAUCUGUGAGAGUAAUGCCUAUGCGUGUGCUAACAGUUGGCAAGAAGAGGUCUCAGGGGACACAACUUCUUCUUGAAGAGUACAAGGAGAAGCUCGGUCACUACUGUGAUGUUGAGGACACCCUUAUCAAAUCCAACCCAAAACUUACAAGUGAUGUGAAGGUGCAAAUUGAAGCAGAAGACGCGUCUAUGAUGCAGCAGCUCAAGGCUGAAGAUUUUGUCGUUGUGUUGGAUGAAAACGGGAAGGAUCUUAUAUCUGAGCAGAUAGCUGAUCUGAUUGGAGACGCUGGCAACACGGGAUCAUCAAGGCUCACAUUUUGUAUCGGUGGGCCAUAUGGUCUUGGGGAGCAAGUACGAGAGCGGGCGGAUGCAACAAUUAGGCUUUCGUCGCUGGUUUUGAACCACCAAGUUGCUUUAAUAGUUCUAAUGGAGCAGCUCUACAGGGCAUGGACAAUCAUCAAAGGACAGAAGUAUCAUCACUAGAUUUUGAGUUGCAAUAGCAUCAUCUGGUGCUCUUUGCACGCACGGCCUCCCGAUGCUGCCACCCGAUCAGCUGUAGCCGAUUUUUUUACUUCUUCUGCAGUUCUUUUUUAGAUAGGCCUAGUCUUACUCCCCCUAGUUUUCGGUUCCUUUGUUCGGAAAAAGAAUUACUUGCAUGUUUUUUUUAUUAAUGAGCAUAAGUUUUUGCAGAAGCGCCAUGGACAAUUGGACACUGGAUGUAUUUCUUGUCAUUGCUUCACUGAUUGGCGAAGGAAACAAGAAAGUCAUUGGUGAGGUGGUGCCUGCACAUGGGUUGCCUCCCCGCCUCGUUCUACAGAAAAACGGCACGCAGACAUUUUGUGACCCAUGCUAACCAGAACCAGAGCAUUUUCUGUUGUUGGAUGCACAUCAAAACCAACCAUCGAUGUAGAUUCGUCUAGGAGCAAUGUUUAUUAGGAGAAGUGUUUAUUUUGCA